UGUAGUGGAUCUAGAAAUUAAUGUGUUACUAAAACAGUCACCCCCAUUCAUUAUUUUAAGAUGAUUAGAACAGCUGUCUAACAUUAAUUGACUCAUGUCAAUGACUACCUAGUCAGUAGAGGGCGCUACUGUGAGUGAAUGAACAAACGAGGAAACUUCUAUAGUCUCUGCCCGCGCAUGCGCAGUUAAUAAUAAACCGCUGCCAGCAGAGCAAGGCACAACGUAUUAACGUGUCUGUUCCUCAUCAUUCACAGAUCCACAGCGCAUCCUGCCUGUGCAUCGCUUGUACCGGCCCAGAUUCCCCCUAGGUCUGGGGCUGGUAACAAUUGGGGGCUCGUCCGGGAUCACCAGUGCCACCUAGUGGGGAGAGUGGGAACUGCUACAGAGAAAACCUGUGUCCAAAGCUUCAAGGAAGGCUGCAGUGCUGUGCGUCAUCCAGAGAGUAGAGGUUACAGAGGUUAAAGAUGGCUACCACAACCCCGCGAAGGAUGCUGGUUUUCAAAAUCCGAAAGAGACUGCUUGCAUUGAGUAUCAGUCAACUACAGGUCAUCGCCAGUGCAAUUGAUGACGGAUCGGGGCCGGACGCUGAGGGCCUUAUGGCACUGAGUGAACCAGAACUGUUUGAUCUGAUUGACGAUUUCUUAAGAAGCGAGAAGCUAAGCGGCAUGGAAGAUGAAGGCAUGUCUCAGAUUCUUCACCUUGACGACAUGCUCGAUCACCUGUUACAAGACACGAAUGAAGAAGAUACGGUGGGGGGAGCGAGAGAAGUCAGUGAGGCUGCACCCCCCCAGGGGGAGGAUACAGACAUUCGUCGACGGAUCAGUCCGACUACUGUAUCCAUGGGCUACCACCUGCUACCAUCACCUGGAGAAAGAGACUUUCCCAGCCCUCAACCGACCACAGCCAGAGACGAUAAUGGACCCCCCAGGAACCUUUCCACCACAUCGCCAGUUGAGUCCACCGCCAACAGCGCAGGCGCCGCCCUUUCUGGCCGUGCCAGCCUGUCUUCCAGUGUUGGUGAGCAGGUUGUAAAACUCACUGAUGUAGCUGCUCUGUUUCCACGUAGAGAGUUUAAGAUUUAUGGUGGUCAGAUUUCUGACACCGGGUCUGAAGUGUCCUACAGCAGCCUCUGUGAACAGAUGGAUCAAGGUUUACUGGAAGGGUUUAGUGAGACAGAAGUUAUUCGCACUGUGUUUAAGAUAACUAAACCUGGUAGCAAUGUCAUUGCAGAGAUGAUCGAGGAAAACAAAGAACAGAUAUUGUCCCCUGAUGAAACACCUUCCCCUUGCCCUGUGCGAGUCGGAAAGAAAGGACUAACAAUCCCUGCUGGUCAAAUCUGUGAGGUGAGGUGCAGAGUCAGAGCAUGGCCACAGGGUGGAACAAUGCUAUUUGAGCCCAGCCUAGAGAACAACUGUCCUGAGGGUUUAGACCCCCUUCCUACUUUAGUCAACGUCCCCUCAGGCGCAUCAAAAACUGCAAAAAUCCCCCUUCAGAACUUCACCAAACAUGACAUCUAUCUGCCACAGAGAACCAUAUUGGGCACAAUUGAGGGAAUUAGUGAGGUAAAACCUAUUACCCAUUCUCCCAGCAAUCCGAAGCAGACAAACAGUUUCACUGUUCAAACCUGCUCUGCUCUGAUUAGAGAAAAAUGGCAUCCACCUAUUGAAUUGUCACACCUCGAAGAGGAUGAACAAAACAUUGCCAGAGAGAUGUUAUAUGAGGAAUCAGAUGUCUUUGCCAAGGAUGAUGCUGACAUCGGUUGCAUCCCAAAUUUGAAACUCAAAAUCCAGCUUAAUGAUGAGACCCCUGUUCAAAAGCGCUAUAAUGCGAUCCCCAAACCACUGUACGGAGAAGUAAAAGAAUAUGUGCGGAAAUUACUUGACCAUGGCUGGAUAAGAAAGUCCACCUCACCGUACUCAUCUCCCGUGGUCUGCAUACGAAAAAAAGAUAAGAGCCUACGUCUGUGUGUCGACUAUAGGGCGUUAAAUCAUAUAACUGUCCCAGACCGUCAUCCGCUGCCGCGCAUUCAGGACCUGCUGGACAACCUGGGGGGCUACUCCUGGUUCUCCAUACUCGACCAGGGCAGUGCUUACCACCAGGGUUUUGUCGAUGAGAGUUCCAGGCACCUGACCGCCUUCAGUACCCCUUGGGGACUAUAUGAGUGGCUUCGCCUCCCUUUUGGCCUUACCAACGCCCCGGCAGCUUUUCAAAGAUGUAUGGAGGGCGCACCUGAUGGUAUGAGGGACGAAUGCUGCUCCCCGUAUCUGGAUGAUCCGGAAGUCAACAUACCGAACAGAUCCCAGCAGGUCUGGUCGACUCCGGUUAAAGACCGUGCGCACGGCAAGUUUCUUAUUGGAAACUUCUCAAAACCUGUUGAAGGGCUGGUGUCGGCCUACCUGUUGGAAUCUGACGGUUGA